AUGGCUUCAUUCUCAAAGGCUGAGAUGAAGAAGGUAUUCAACUGUUUUGAUGAGGAUGGAGAUGGAAAAAUCUCUGCAGAGGAGCUGAAGAAUAGUUUAGAAGAGUUUAUUGAGUUGGUGAGUGUUAAUGGUGAUCAUCAAGAUAUUGAUGAUGAGAAAGAGUUGAGAGAGGCUUUCUCUUUGUUUGAGAUGGAGGGACAAGGGUGCAUUACAGUGAAGAGUUUGAAGAGAAUGCUUAGUAAGCUUGGUACUUCUAGAGAUUUGGAGGAGUGUUGUGCUAUGAUUAGUAGGUUUGAUCUUGAUGGAGAUGGAGUUCUUAGUUUUGAGGAGUUUAGGGUUAUGAUGCUUUAAUAAUUAAUCAAUGAUUCUUUUUUUUUAGUCUUUAGUUUCAUUCAUUCAUUGUUAUUUUUAUUUUUUAUUUUGUGUUUGCAUUCAUUGUUAGAUCAAUGAUUUAUGUAAGUA